AUGGAACACCAGGAGCGCCUCCGGAUCGAUGCGCGGCAGUGCGUCGCUGGCAAAGCACUCGGGCUCCCUGGGCCUGGGCCGCCAUUCGACGGCCUCGAUGCCACGGUCGUGCGCAAGGCGGCGCCGGGUAAGGCGGUGUUGGCGGGCGCUGGUGUGAGCUCAGCCGCAGUCGGAAGCGGUACACAGGGCGAGGAUGCCGCGGCCGACGGCGACGGCACUGCGGCGCGCGGGGGGAGCCAGACCAGCCAGUUUACCAAGGUCCGUCGGGCGCUGGCGGCGCUGCGGAGCGAGGCCAAGCCACCACCGCUGGCCUCGCACGUGCGGCUGCUUGGGCCCGAGCUCUGGCGCUAUCCGGCUGGGGUGGCGUUGGCGGCGGCCGAGUCCAAGGUACUGGCGGCCGGUGAACGGCGGCCGCGCAAAGUACGCGUUGACAGCUUGUUGGCGCAGGACUCGUCUGGCGGGAGCGAGCGCUGGCUCGGCUCACAGAUGGAAUGUGCCGGCACAGCAAUGCCGUCACCGCGAGGCGGGUUUAGAUCCGGUGGCUCUGGCGCGACGCUGACCAAGCUCGGGUCGCCGUCGGCACACUCGCUGGCGCCGCGGCGACCGGUGCUCCCGCCGCUGCUCACCCGCGACGUGUCUGCCGGCUCGCGUGUCUCGUUUGUCAGCUCGCGGACGAUGGGCACGGUGCCGGCGACGGUGCUGGGCGGGUCGUCUGACACGCCCUCGCGGCGGACGCUGUUGCGGCCGCAGGCGUCGUUCCGCGAGGUGACGCGGUCAUCACUGGAGCUCGCACGCGAGUUUGAGUCAAUGGAGCGGGUGGCGACCGACGGCGUGCAGAGCAACGUCGGGCUAGUGUUUGUCUCUAUCGACGACGGGCCAGACGGCGCGUGGUUCAUUCGGGAGCUGCGGCGGGUGUACGCCGAGCUGAAAGCCGGUGAGAAGGAGCUCGAGUUUGUGAUGGUCGGGCUCGAUGAGACGGGGGACGCGUACCUCUCGGUGCUGGAGGGCAUGCCGUGGUUGGCGGUGCCGUACGACGCGGCCGAGACGCGGCUGCGGCUCGGAACGCGAUGUCUCCAGGACGGGCUGGCGACGCCGUGCUUGGUGGUGUGGUCGGCGGAUGCGGCGGCGGUGACGGACCGAGUCUCGCUGGCGCGGCUCAAGCAGAUGGCGCAGAUCCGCGAGGCGGCGGUGCGCCCGGGCGCAGUCUCAUCGGGCGGCCCGCUCUCUGUGCAGUCCAACGGCUCGCGGCGGUCGCGGCUGUCGAUGCCACGCACGCCGCGCGGGGUCUUUGAGCGGAUCAACUCGAGCUCGGUGGUGCGGUGA